AUCUUUCUUGGCUUGUAUCCAACGCCCAAAUUUAACCCAUCUCCAUUUUACCUCAAAAUCAUCUAUUCUUUUCAAAUGGGUUUUCCCAAAUUCCAUUUAUUUCAAAUGGGUUUCCUUUAGAUUUCAAUUUUAACUUCAAAAAGCCAACCUUUUUUACAACAACAAUGGCAGUCAAGAUUACUUCUUCAUUUUCUUGUUGUGUUUCCACAUCUUUCACUUCUUCAUCUUCUUUCAAGUCCAUAAGAAUCCAUCAGUUCAGCAACUUCUAUUCUCUGGUAAGCUUACCAUCAAGAUUACACGAUUGCACACCACUGAAAUUUGCAGUCAAUGCAAGAUGUUUCCAACAUGGAAGAAUCAACACGAAUCCAAGGUUCCCAAAAAGAGUAUUUAAAUUCUUUGCAUCUGUUGAUGAUCUAAUCUCAGACAGUGAGAUAGAAUCAGAUGAUAAUACAGAUCAAGAAGAUGACGAUAUUCUUAUAUUGGAUGAAGCAUCUAAAAGAUUUGAUACCAUUGAAGGAAGCAGAGGAAGGCCCGGUCUUAUUUCAUUCUAUAACCAACCCUACAGAAAAGAACCUGAAGCUGUUAUCUCUACAGUUAGCAGAAAGAACGAAACCAACCUUCUUUGGUUUGUGGGUCCUGCUGUCCUUGUAGCCUCAUUCAUUUUCCCAUCACUUUAUAUGCGAAGGAUCCUUUGUACUAUUUUUGAAGAUUCUUUAUUGACAGAUUUUCUCAUAUUGUUCUUCACAGAAGCUCUCUUCUACUGUGGGGUAGCUAUGUUCCUUCUCAUAAUAGACCAUUUGCGUAGGCCUAACGAACCCGUCGAUAACAAGAAGAGCACAAUCCCAGCUCCUCACUUGGUUUACCGAGUCACAUCUGUGGCUGCAUUGGUACUUAGCCUGAUGAUUCCAAUGGUCACAAUGGGGUUGGUUUGGCCGUGGACCGGCCCAGCAGCAUCUGCUACACUUGCACCGUACCUUGUUGGCAUCGUUGUGCAGUUUGCAUUUGAGCAGUAUGCAAGAUACAUCAAGUCACCUUCUUGGCCUCUCAUUCCCGUCAUCUUUCAAGUAUAUAGAUUGCACCAACUGAAUCGAGCAGCACAACUUGUGACUGCACUCUCUUUCACAGUUAGAGGAGCUGAAUCGACGCCACACAAUUUGGCUAUAAAUAGUUCAUUGGGUACACUUUUGAAUGUUCUUCAAUGUCUCGGAGUUAUUUGUAUUUGGUCUCUUUCGAGUUUUCUUAUGCGGUUUUUACCAUCCGCUACCAUUACCGAACAAUGAAUAUUGACUUUUAUUUAUAGUGGUUUCUCAUUUCAAACAA